AUGAGUGCUAGGCUCCUCGAACGCUUUGGGUGGCCAAGCCAAAGUCCAGUCCCUAAAAGGCCGGACAACAAAUUGCGUGAGACCGGUUCUCCAUCCCAGCAACAAUCGAAAAAGCGCGCUGCCCCCGAUCCCCCCCUGCGGACCUACGGCAACAAACAAGCGCGCAAAGCAUUGCCAUUGCCCAAGUCAUCACGCGAAGCGGUCGUCGCCGCGCCCGCUGGUCGUGCCCGCUCUUCGCAACACAAAGGGUCCCCGACCAAGAGCCAACCGCCGUCACCGCUUGCUUACCAGCCCCCUAUCGAGAGCUCCAGCCGCUCCGAAAGCCGAGCGCCGCUAGCUACCGUGUCUACCACCGGUGAAUAUGACGAGUUCGCCAUGGCCAGUCAGCUUCCCUUCUCGGGUGUAUCACCACACGAACAAUCACAGUAUGUCCAGGUUCUCGACACCGGCAUGACGGCCACGCAGUACGGGGAUAUUGCAGAGGAAAUCAGCGUCGAGGUCAAUACGAGGCCCCAGCCUGAGUCUGUCGAGGAGGAGGACCUCUUCGUUGAAGCUGUUCCUGCGUCAAGAGCCUCAUCCAAUGGCGAGGACAGCGCUGCCGAUGUUCCUCCGAUAAUCGACGACGACCAGUCCAAGCCCCCUACCCCUCAGCCAGAAAAUGAGACGAUGGCGGAAGAUGAGACCACUACGCUGUAUCAGUCCCAGCUGCCAUCGCGGAACCCGGGCGAUAUCUACGAGGUGCCCUCAGACAACGACGGUGACCCAUAUUUCGUUUUUACUCGCUUCCUCGAGCAUCGUUGGCGGGGCACCACAAUCGAGCUCCUUGUUGAUUGGCAUGGGUCCGAGCCCACCUGGGAACCCGAGGCGAACCUGCAUCAUGAUGCGCUGGACGCUCUGCUCAAGUAUUGGCAGCAACAGGGUGGCCACCCCGAAAACCCCAAUGAGGAAGGGCUCUACGACAUUUAUGGUAUCCGUGAACACAAGGGCCAGAAACUUCUGGUCGAGUGGACCGGUUAUGCGCCCUCCGAAGCUACGUGGGAGCCCAAGAAAAAGAUACAAAAGGUCGCGCCACAAAUCGUGAAGGAGUACUUUGACAGUCUAAAGCCCGCGGUGCCACGACAAAGGAGAAGGAAGAGGCAGGCGUGA